AUGUCUGAAACUGAUGUCCCAACUCAACACCCAAUCUUUUAUUUUCACGCUUCAAGUCAUGUUUUUCAGUUCUGCUGGAAGGUCGAGAAUGUGCUGUACAAACUCUGCAAAUCAAUAUUAUCGACAUAUUCAAAUGUUUUUCGCGAUAUGUUUGCUGCCACGCAGGAUGGACAAAUAGAACUGGAUGGAAUGAGUGAUGAUAGGCCCAUCCACCUCAACGGACUGUCCCGGGACGCAUUCAAAUUGUUUCUUGAACAUACUUUUGGAAGAGUGCGCACCGGUCCUUAUACCACUGAUGAGCUCUCAAAAUUCCUCCACUUCUGCGACAUGCAUCAAUGCUGCCAUACACGAGAAUUUGUUGUGCACCACAUAUUUUCUGCACGUUUCCGCUUCCAUCCAGCUCAGUUGAUCAACCUGGCCAUCAAAUACCAUGUCUGCUCCAUCUUUCUGUUCGCUUUCCAGCUACUGGCAGAAAACACCCGUUACUGA